CAGAAAGACCACUCACCUUUGCUUGCUUUCCUUUUGCUGCCGCCGACCAGGAGGAGAUGAACUCUGUACUCCCGGUGAAGGUGUGGACCGGUCCUCCCUGGGUGCUGAUGCUCCCAUCCCUUCUUUCUCCUGCCUAGGAAGAAGCUCUUCAACCCAUUCACCGGAGGGACCACGGCGCUUCCAGGUCUCCACCUCUUGGGAUUGAUGCACGGAUCAAAGCGGGAUGGAUCGCUACCGGUACUUCAUCUUUAACCAGAGGAGCAUGGUGGUGCUGGGUCUGCUCCAGGUGGCCUUCAGCACGGUCUGCGUCGUCAGCGGCUUCAUAGACGGUGCCUUCAGAACCGAGUCGGAGCUGGGCAAAACCAGAGCCCCCAUUUGGGCCGGGAUGGUGAUGGGAGUCCCAGGUGUCCUGGCUUUGUUUUCCUCUCAGAGGAAGAAUCCAGUUCUCGUGAACGUGCUGAUAGUUGCCUCCAUAGUCUCUUAUGUUGCCAUCCUCAUCGUAAUAAUUUAUAGCUCCCUUACACUCAACUAUGGUGAAGAGGAGGACAUGAGUACUGCUCCCAUCCAUAUUAUCCAUACAAGGUUCGUGCUUAAUAAAGUAGUGAAGGGUGCUAACGUAGCCAUGCUGGCUGCAUCCAUCGGCAGUGCUUUUGUUGUGCUGGUGAUGGCCAACUUGGGAUGCCGGAGUCUUCCAUGCUGCUCCUGCUACGACAGCGAAACCGGGAUGGAGUGGUUGCAACCUAGUGAGGACCAAAAUCAGGCUGUGGAAAUGAUUUGCGCUAUAGAAAGUCCUGGGGGCAGAAUUUUUAACUUCCCAGAUCGGUUUCCAGCCCAGGACUUAGAUGCAGAGGAAGAUGCAUCCAAACCUCCACCGUAUAUCAGAAUGGCUUGAAAAAGUGGUCGAACAUUUUAAAGCUACUAGUCUGAAAAUGUGGCAGGACAGAUGUAAGGAGUUCUUCGUCUUUAAAGAUGGUUAAGCACUUUUCCUUGGCCUUUUGAAAAGCACACACAGAAAUAGAGAACUAUUGAAUGCCCAACAACCAGGAAAUGUGACAGUGCAAAGGGGAAGAUCUGCAGAUGUUUUUGGACAUUCAGACUUUGUAUAGUUAAAAUACCUCAUUGCCUCUGGAAA